AUGGGCAAGCGCGGCCCCUCCAGAUCGCUCUUCGCAUCCCUCCCGGUAGAUUUGCGCAAUACGAUCCGGACAAAUGGUCGCUAUCUCUCCAUGAACGGACCGGACCUCGACUCUUUCCAGAUCAAGCAGGAGAUGCUCGCGGAGUCGUCUGGGUCUGGAUCCAGGCUGCUUCGGACGCAGCCAGAGUCGAUGUCGCCAGAGAAGGAUGAGGGAGAGGACCCGACACCGGUGAUCCAGGCGGGGCCAUCAGGAAGCGGGUCGAAGGGAUUCCCGUCAGCCGCUGUGGAGGUCGAGGUCCAGGUCGAGGCCGAGGCUUCGCUUGCGGGUGACGUCGACUCUAGCCCACCUCGAGCGGUGAAGCGGAGGCGGACAGAAGGAGCCUGGGUGGUCGGUGCUGCCCCAUCGCUGGUCCGACCGGUCCAGAAACGGCGGAAGGGCAAGGAGUUGCCGGUGCAUAAUGCGUACGAGGGGCAUCCGUGGGACUGUACGGGGUUGGUGGAGCGGUAUGUGAAUCGGGAUCACGUCCCUGACGAUAUCAAGAAAUACUUUGGGCAAAGACACCUGCUGUUUGAAGAAUACGACGAGCUCCCUCUGCUCAUGGACCACACCGGCUGGUUCUCGGUCACUGCCCAGCCUGUCGCUCGGCACAUUGCCGAGAGGUGUCGGUGCGACGUCAUUGUCGAUGCGUUCUGCGGGGUCGGGGGGAACGCUAUCGAGUUUGCAAAGACGUGCGAGCGGGUCAUCGCCAUUGACAACGACCUGACUCGACUCAAGCUCGCACGGCAUAAUGCUCUACAAUAUGGCGUAGCGGACCGGAUUGAGUUUAUCCAUGGGUCUUAUAUCGACUGGGCGAGGUCAUACGCCGCUCAAGCGGACAAGGAGGCUAUUGACGUGGUCUUUCUCAGUCCACCAUGGGGCGGUGUCAACUACCUCACAGUAUCGGCCGACCCCCUCCCCUUCCCUCCUACCCCAUCCGCAGAAUCACCUUCCGCCAAACAACCCACCACGCACACAUUCCCCUUAUCCGCCAUCCUCCCUAUUCCGGGGGACGAGCUCUUCCGGAUUUCGGCGGCCAUCACGCCCAAUAUCGCCUACUACCUCCCGCGGAAUGUCAACAUGAAGGAGGUUGCGCAGCUGGCGCGGAGGCUGGACCCGCCUGAGAUGGAUGACAAGGGCGGGAUGCGGGAGAAAGAGUGGGUCGAGGUGGAGGAGGAAGUCGUCGGGGAGAAGGUGAAGGCUGUGACGGUUUAUUAUGGGAGCUUGAUUGCGGAUGGGAGCUAG